GGAGGCGGCGGGUGAAGGCGGCGGCCGGAGGGCCCGCGGGGCACUCGGAGGCCCGGGCGGCGGGCGGGCGGCCGCGCGCACCAUGCUCUCCUUCGACGAGGCGCUGAAGCGGGCGGGCGAGUUCGGGCGCUUCCAGCGGCGCGUGUUCCUGCUGCUGUGCCUGACGGGCGUCACCUUCGCUUUCCUCUUCGUCGGCGUGGUCUUCCUGGGCCGCCGGCCCGAGCGCUACUGGUGCCGCGGGCCGGGCGCCGCCGCGCUGGCCGAGCGCUGCGGCUGGAGCCCCGAGGAGGAGUGGAACCGCACGGCGCCCCCCGGGGCCCGCUGCCGGCGCUUCCUGUUGGAGGCGGCCAACGCCAGCGCCGCCGCCGCCCCCGCCGCGGGCGCGCUCAGCUGCGCCGACCCGCUCGCCGCCUUCCCCAACCGCUCGGCGCCGCUCGUGGCGUGCGGGGGCGGCUGGCGGUACGCGCAGGCCCCCGCCACCAUCGUCAGCGAGUUUGACCUCGUGUGUGGCAACGCGUGGAUGCUGGACUUCACACAAGCCAUCCUCAACCUGGGCUUCCUGACUGGAGCGUUUACCUUAGGCUAUGCAGCAGACAGGUUCGGCAGAAUAGUCGUUUACUUAAUAUCCUGUUUCGGUGUUGGUGUCACUGGCAUUGUGGUGGCAUUUGCACCAAAUUUCCCUGUGUUUGUGGUCUUCCGCUUCCUACAAGGUGUGUUCGGAAAGGGGACAUGGAUGACUUGCUACGUGAUUGUGACAGAAAUAGUGGGUUCAAAGCAAAGGAGGAUUGUGGGAAUAGUGAUUCAAAUGUUCUUCACCCUUGGGAUCAUAAUUCUCCCUGGAAUCGCCUACUUUAUUCCCAAUUGGCAAGGAAUCCAGCUAGCCAUAACGCUGCCCAACUUUCUCUUCCUCCUUUAUUACUGGGUGGUUCCUGAAUCUCCCCGCUGGCUGAUUACGCGAAAGAAAGGAGAGAAAGCGUUACAAAUUCUGAGGAGCAUUGCCAAAUGCAAUGGGAAAUAUCUCUCGCCGAAUUACUCAGAGAUCACUGUUACAGAUGAGGAGGUUAGUAAUCCAUCCUUUUUAGAUCUGGUGAGAACUCCCCAAAUGAGGAAGUGCACACUUAUACUUAUGUUUGCUUGGUUCACAAGUGCAGUGGUCUAUCAGGGCCUCGUCAUGCGCCUGGGGAUUAUAGGAGGCAACCUCUAUGUCGACUUUUUCAUCUCAGGAGUUGUGGAACUGCCAGGAGCCCUCUUGAUCUUACUCACCAUUGAGCGUUUUGGACGACGCCUUCCCUUUGCAGCAAGCAAUCUAGUGGCAGGAGUGGCAUGCCUUGUCACCGCAUUCUUGUCGGAAGGAAUACCAUGGUUGAGGACCACAGUCGCUACCCUGGGAAGACUAGGGAUUACCAUGGCCUUUGAAAUUGUUUAUUUGGUAAAUUCAGAAUUGUACCCAACAACAUUACGAAACUUUGGAGUUUCGCUUUGUUCAGGCUUGUGUGAUUUUGGGGGGAUCAUAGCCCCAUUUCUACUCUUCCGGCUAGCAGCUGUUUGGCUAGAACUACCUCUUAUCAUCUUCGGGAUCCUGGCGUCUGUCUGCGGUGCCCUCGUGAUGCUUUUGCCUGAAACCAGGGGGAUAGCCUUGCCGGAGACAGUGGAUGACGUAGAGAAGCUGGGCAGUGCAUUUUCCUAUAAAUGUGGCAGAAAAAGAAAACCCCAAGUUUCUAAUGCUCACCUUUGAGGCCCCCUGCAGACUGAAGGAAGGAGCUCUUCAGCGGAUGCCCUCAAGGAGCCAACGUGCCUUGCAGAGACGUGUGUGUGUCCUUUCCACCUGUAUUAUGCUGUGCAGUUCCAAGUGUUUUUUAAUACUGUACAAAGACACUCAAAUUAUCCAGAGUAUUUUUAUAUGAUGUUGGGUGAAUUAGAGUUUAUAAUGCUAUUGAAGUUUCUGGGAACACAUAAUAGGUGGGCGGUUUAGCCAGGAGCCUGUUGUGUGCAAGCUCCUCCUGAGGUUUUUUUCUUAAGUUGGAGCAGUGCCUCUGACCCAUUCAGUUAGAGAGGGGUGAGAGAAGCCCCCACCAAAUCCUCAGGACAGCUCCAUCAAGAAUGUAGGAUAUGCAGACCAUGGAUGUGGGGAAAGUGAACAGAAAUGGCUCAUCAAACACGAUCAAGGAACUAAGGCUCUGAACUAAGUGUUCUGAAAAUUCCAAGAAGGAUGGAGACCUGGGAAUCCUGUUCAUGAAGAGGUUGCAUCUAAGGACCUUGGACCCCAUGGGAUGGAGCCUUUGUUUUCUCUUCUCACCCUGAGUCCAUAAGCAACAUAGCAUCUGGGUUUGCAGACAUGUUCAGGCUUGUUCCAAGCAUAAGAACAAAUCUGCUGUAUAAUUUCAGGAUUUGGCGCUAUUAUUUAUAAACUCAGGUUUGGUCCUGAGGUGAUCUGGUAUAGUUUUGGUCCUGUAGUGGAUACUUAGUCAUAUAUUCAAUCCUUUACCGAACAAAACCCCUGGAGUAUGAUUUUGUGAGUCUUAAGAUUUUAUUCAUAAAGGGGUAUUUAUCUUAUAUUUGUGUGUUCAGUUCUAUGAUGAUGCCUGUGGUCAAGAGUGAAAACUAUGGACAGUUUGCAUUCAAUCUUGACACUUUUAACUUGUCUUGGAAAGAAACUUUCAUUUUAACUUAAAAGAAAGGUUGAUUAUACCCACGUGUAAAAGAAUUGGCAGAAGCUUUAUUAAGUGACUUUAUAGACAUGAAUAAGAGAUUUGAUCUUUCUUUUUUGUUACUGAGACUUUGAAAUGUGCAGCUUAAAUACAAAUAUGCUAUCUUUUUCUGAUGUUCUGCUGUAUAUAUUUGUUAUAUUUUCAGAUUCAGUGUGUAUCUUAUGCAGAAUUUUUUAAUGAAUUAUUUUGUGUGAACAAUCAAAAUGGGCAACAAAGGGAAAUCUUGCCAAUGAGGAAGAACACGUGACAAUAUGUAUGAUGUGUGUGCUAAUUGUAAGCCUUUAAUCCUUAAAGCACAUCAGAAAUGAGUAUGAAUGUGUUGUUUUUCAAUGAGCUAAACACCAUUCUUUGAGGAUUUAAUA